CAUCUGCUCCCCGUCGCUCCAAGGAUGGGUCUCCAGGGGAUGUUCUGCUUCCCCCUGGGGCUCCUGUUUGGCUCUGUGCUCUUGGUGGCCUCAGCCCCGUCCGCUCUCGAGUCUACCGGCUGCAGCGAGAAGGAGCAACAGGUCACCGUCAGCCACACCUACAAGAUUGAUGUGCCCAAGUCCGCCCUGGUCCAUGUGGAGGCUGACCCCCAGCCCCUCCGUGAUGAUGGAGCCUCACUCCUGGCCCCAGGGGAGGCUGAGGAACAGAACAUCAUCUUCAGGCACAACAUCCGCCUGCAGACGCCCCAGAAGGACUGCGAGUUAGCAGGCAGCAUCCAGGACCUCCUGGCUCGGGUGAAGAAGCUGGAGGAAGAGAUGGCGGAGGUGAAGGAGCGGUGUAGUGCCCAGCGCUGCUGCCCGGGAGCUGCUGGUCUGAGUCACCACUGCAGCGGCCACGGGACCUUCUCCCCGGACACCUGCAGCUGCCACUGUGAGCAGGGCUGGGAGGGCGCCGACUGCGAGCGGCCCGCCUGCCCCGGCGCAUGCAGCGGCCACGGGCGCUGCGUGGACGGCCGCUGCCUGUGCGAGCAGCCCUACGUGGGGGCCGACUGCGCCUACCCCGCCUGCGCGGAGAACUGCAGCGGGCACGGCGUGUGCGUGCGCGGCGUCUGUCAGUGCCACGAGGACUUCACGUCUGAGGACUGCAGCGAGCGGCGCUGCCCCGGCGACUGCAGCGGCCAAGGCUUCUGCGACGCGGGCGAGUGCUACUGCGAGGAGGGCUUCACAGGCCUCGACUGCGCCCAGGUGGUCGCCCCCCAGGGUCUGCAGCUGCUCAAAAGCACAGAGGAUUCCCUGCUGGUGAGCUGGGAGCCCUCCAGCCAGGUGGACCACUACCUCCUCAGCUACUACCCCCUGGGGAAGGAGCUCUCUGUCAAGCAGAUCCAAGUGCCCAAGGAGCAGCACAGCUAUGAGAUCCUUGGCUUGCUGCCUGGAACCAAGUACAUAGUCACCCUGCGCAACGUGAAGAAAGAGAUUUCCAGCAGCCCACAGCAUCUACUUGCCACCACAGAUCUUGCUGUGCUUGGCACUGCCUGGGUGACGGAUGAGACUGAGAACUCCCUCCACGUGGAGUGGGAGAACCCCCCGGCCGAGGUGGAAUACUACAAGCUGCAGUAUGGCCCCCUGACAGGGCAAGAGGUGGCCGAGGUCACCGUGCCCAAGAGCAGUGACCCCAAGAGCCAAUAUGACAUCACGGGUCUGCAGCCCGGGACAGAAUAUAAGAUCACAGUCGUCCCCAUGAGGGGAGACCUCGAGGGCAAGCCGAUUCUCCUGAAUGGCAGGACGGAGAUUGAUAGUCCAACCAAUUUGGUCACUGAUCGAGUGACAGAAGACACAGCGAUGGUCUCCUGGAACCCAGUCCAGGCUGUCAUUGAUAAGUAUGUGGUGCGCUACAUCUCCACUGACGGGGAGACGAAGGACACAGCUGUGUACAGGGAGCAGAGCAGCACCGUCCUGACAGGCCUGAAGCCAGGAGAGGUGUACAAAGUCUACGUGUGGGCUGAGAGGGGCAACCAGGAGAGCAAGAAGGCCGACACCAAGGCCCUCACAGAAAUUGACAGCCCGCAAAACCUGGUGACCGAGGGGGUGACAGAGAACACGGCCACCGUCUCCUGGGACCCAGUGCAGGCCGUGAUUGACAGGUACCUGGUGCGCUACACGUCUGCUGACGGAGACUCCGGGGAGGUUCCGGUGGGGAAGGAGAAGAGCAGCACCGUCCUGACUGGCCUGAGGCCGGGCGUGGAGUACACAGUACACGUGUGGGCCCAGAAGGGGGACCAGGAGAGCAGGGAGGCCGACACCAAGGCCCCGACAGAAAUCGACAGCCCCCAAAACCUGGUGACUGACCAGGUGACAGAGAACACGGCCACCAUCUCCUGGGACCCGGUGCAGGCCGUGAUUGACAGGUAUCUGGUGUGCUACACCUCUGCUGACGGAGACUCCGGGGAGGUUCCGGUGGGGAAGGAGCAGAGCAGCGCCGUCCUGAUGGGCCUGAGGCCGGGCGUGGAGUACAUGGUGCACGUGUGGGCCCAGAAGGGGGACCGGGAGAGCAGGAAGGCCGACACCACGGCCCCGACAGAAAUUGACAGCCCCCAAAACCUGGUGACCGACCAGGUGACAGAGAACACGGCCACCAUCUCCUGGGACCCGGUGCAGGCCGUCAUCGACAGGUACCUGGUGUGCUACACCUCUGCUGACGGAGACUCCGGGGAGGUUCCAGUGGGGAAGGAGCAGAGCAGCGCCGUUCUGACGGGCCUGAGGCCGGGCGUGGAGUACACGGUGCACGUGUGGGCCCAGAAGGGGGACCGGGAGAGCAGGAAGGCCGACACCAAGGCUCCAACAGACAUUGACAGCCCCCAAAACCUGGUGACCGACCGGGUGACAGAGAACACGGCCACCAUCUCCUGGGACCCGGUGCAGGCCGUCAUCGACAGGUACCUGGUGCGCUACACCUCUGCUGAAGGAGACUCCGGGGAGGUUCUGGUGGGGAAGGAACAGAGCAGCGCCGUCCUGACAGGCCUGAGGCCGGGCGUGGAGUACACGGUGCACGUGUGGGCCCAGAAGGGGGACCGGGAGAGCAGGAAGGCCGACACCACGGCCCCGACAGACAUUGACAGCCCCAAAAACCUGGUGACCGACCAUGUGACAGAGAACAUGGCCACCGUCUCCUGGGACCCGGUGCAGGCCGUGAUUGACAGGUACCUGGUGCGCUACACCUCUGCUGAAGGAGACUCCGGGGAGGUUCCGGUGGGGAAGGAGCAGAGCAGCGCCGUCCUGACGGGCCUGAGGCCGGGCGUGGAGUACAUGGUGCACGUGUGGGCCCAGAAGGGGGACCGGGAGAGCAGGAAGGCCGACACCACAGCCCCGACAGACAUUGACCCUCCCCAAAACCUUCAUCCGUCUGCUGUAACACAGUCUGGUGGGGUAUUGACCUGGACAUCCCCCUCUGCUCAGAUCGAUGGCUAUAUUCUGACCUACCAAUUCCCAGAUGGCACUGUCAAGGAGGUGCAGCCUGGAAGAGGGGACCAGAGGUUUGAGUUGCAAGGCCUUGAGCAGGGUGUCACCCUCCCUGUCUCCUUGGUUGCCUUUAAGGGUGAUCGCCGGAGCAGGAGUGUAUCCACCACCCUUUCCACAGUUGGUGCCCGUUUUCCACACCCUUCGGACUGCAGUCAAGUUCAGCAGAAUAGCAACGUCGCCAGUGGUCUCUACACCGUCUACCUGCACGGGGAUGCCAGUCGGCCCCUGCAGGUGUACUGCGACAUGGACACGGACGGAGGCGGCUGGAUCGUCUUCCAGAGGCGGAACACUGGGCAGCUGGAUUUCUUCAAGCGCUGGCGGACCUACGUGGAAGGCUUCGGGGACCCCAUGAGAGAGUUCUGGCUUGGACUCGACAAGCUACACAACCUCACCACAGGCACGCCCACCCGCUAUGAGGUGAGAGUGGACUUACAGACUGCCAACGAAUCUGCCUAUGCCAUAUAUGACUCCUUCCGAGUAGCCUCCAGCAAGGAGCGGUACAGGCUGACAGUUGGGAAAUACAGAGGCACAGCAGGGGACGCUCUUACUUACCACAAUGGAUGGAAGUUUACAACCUUUGACAGAGACAAUGAUAUCGCCCUCAGCAACUGUGCCCUGACGCAUCAUGGCGGCUGGUGGUACAAGAACUGCCACUUGGCCAACCCUAAUGGCAGAUACGGGGAGACCAAGCAUAGUGAGGGGGUGAACUGGGAGCCAUGGAAAGGACAUGAAUUCUCCAUUCCUUUUGUGGAGUUGAAGAUCCGCCCUCAUGGCUACAGCGGGGAGUAUGUCCUGGGCAGAAAGAAGGAAACACUGGGAGAAAAUUCGAGAACAUUCUGACGGCCCAUUCAUGCACUUAUUGCAGAAGAGGAGACCAGCCCGGGGUUGGGGCCUGUGUAAGCAUGGGGUGGGGUGGGUACUAAUGACUGGCUAAUGGAAGUCUGAGGGGUGCUCAUAGCCCUUGGCUUCUGAGAUGCCUCGAUAACCUGCAGGACAAAGCAUGUCACCAAGCUUCCAACCAUAUAGCUCACUUCCUUGUCACGUGCAUUUUGCCCACCUGUAUUGUGGGCCUGAAAAUCAACACAAAAAUAGCUGCACAAUGUGUAUGGGCGAGACAGCACUGGAACUGCAAGGUUUUCUGCUCUAUCUUCAGUAACAAACAUACGGGAUUAGGGCAAAAAAAAAAAGGGGCGGCGGAUAAAGAAUCACCUAGUACUUCUUCAACUGGAAAUCUCUGGAAAUUGGUAUAUAUAUAUAUUCAGGGCUCUGCUAAUACAAAUCUUCUGUCUAAAAAGAAACACCAAAGGGGGGUUUGACGACAAGGGGCUGAGGUAGCCUGAAACUUACCUUCCAUUACCACUGGAAAAUUGGUAAAAUCUUUUUUGAGGAAAAAGACAUAAAUCUUCCCCUUUUAAAAAUAAUUGCUGAUGUUAUGAGGAAGAAUAAAGGGAACCAAAAGGGACCAAGAGGGAUUUGAAUUUUGCUGUGUUCUGACCAGUAUCCGGCAUGCUGGAAACCCCAGCUUCCAUGUCACUGUUAUUUUUAAGUGCCCCCUUUCCGGCCACCUGCAUUAUCACUCUUGUAGAUCUGCAUAUGUUGUGAAUAAAUUCUCACUUAUUUCAACUUU